UGUGGCGGUGCGGGGUCCAGGAUGUGUCCCCGGCUCAAAGUGCCGCAGUAGCUUCGGGGCGUGCAGCUGCAUCGGUGGCUUCGGAGGCUCCAGGGUCUUUGCAGAUUGAGGAAGAGGACCCGAUCCCCUCCUUCCUCAGGUCAUAAGAAGCUGGCCUGGGUGCAGUAAGGAACUUGAAACAAUGGAAGAACGGAAAGUGAAGCGGAGGAGUCCUAAGUCUUUUAGUGCCCACUCUACUCAGGUUGUUAAUGCCAAAAAAAAUGCCAUUCCAGUUAGUAAAAGCACAGGGUUUUCAAAUCCUUCGUCACAGUCAACCUCUCAGCGACCAAAGUUAAAAAGAGUGAUGAAAGAAAAGACGAAACCUCAGGGUGGAGAAGGAAAAGGUACUCAGUCAACUCCAAUUCAGCAUUCCUUUCUCACUGAUGUCUCAGAUGUUCAGGAGAUGGAGAAGGGGCUUCUCAGCCUUUUGAAUGAUUUCCACUCUGGAAAACUUCAAGCAUUCGGAAAUGAAUGUUCCAUUGAACAAAUGGAACAUGUUCGGGGAAUGCAGGAGAAAUUAGCUCGCCUGAAUUUGGAGCUCUAUGGGGAGUUAGAGGAACUGCCCGAGGAUAAGAGGAAAACAGCUAGUGACUCUAAUCUGGAUAGGCUUCUGUCUGACAUGCGCAGGAUGUUCCAAACACUUCUGACGCUUCCACCAGCUAAAAUGAAAUGCAGUUGCUGCCCUGUGGUUUGAAGAAAAGCAGCAUUCUUUACUUUUCCAGCUGAAUCCAGUAGCAGAAUCAUCUUCCACAGUGAGGAGUUCAAGUCAUUAAAGUGCAAGUGCAAUGAUUGUUUUCACAUAACUGCUUCUAGUAAAUCCGACUGCUGUAAUUCACCGUAACUGGAGGCCCAGGCCUUGUCAAAGGCUUAAUCAGGAAAUGAGGUACAGAGGUUGUGCUGCUACGCUUAUUGUUGCCUUCUGAGGUUAUACUUGAAAUUCAUUGUGCUAAAUGUGUUUGACGGGGCUGAGGGAUGUACCCUUCCUGGGCUUACCAAAGUGAUUCCACUGUUGAUUUAAGUUGAUGAUGCCCAGGCUUUUGUGGCAGCCCAGCUUCAGUUUACGUUCGACAAUCAGUACACACAUCGGUGUGUUUUCCAAUGCCAGUGGUAACAAAAUGUGAAAUAUCUGUGAAAUUUGCUAUUUUUAAUAAAGUGAUUGUUUUAAAUGUGUCUCUAUUGUCUGUCUGGGAGAAACCUAUAGUCUUCAAUCUGAGAAUACAAGAGUUCAAUUCUCAAAAAUAAACUGCUAUAAAAUGUGAGGUUCUGUAUCUUUCUUGAAAGGUGAUUUUGUACCUUGUGCACGUUUCAACGGGGGUGUACUGAGAAGAGUGUGGGCUUUAAAGUUAGACCUUGAUUUGAAUC